AAGAUGUAAUUAGUUGAUUGUUAAGAGGGAUUAUAUUAGUGAAGAAGAGAAAGCAGAUGGAGCUUUAAUUAAUUUAUGUCGAGGAGAGGGGGAUGCAGCUAGCUUUAUUAUUGUUUUGCUUUAUGGAUGGGAUGUGUUGUAGCGCAGUGCAGGUAUUGAGGUUAGUUGUACGUACAAGCAAGUAGUGGGCUUGCUUGCUUGCUUUGGUGGUCAGUUAAAGUAAGGAGCAAAUCCCGGGCCUUAAAGCAAGCCAGCCCGGCCCCUGGAUCAUUUCUAUCUAUAUACCGAUACAUCUCUUUAAUUUCUUCUUGCUUAUAUAUAUUAUUAGCUUCUUAAUCUUAAUUAUAUAUGGAUCGAUCGAUCCUUGCCGCGCGCCUAUCGAUCAUAGCAAGCAAGAUUAGCUAGCUCUAUCUACCAGCUGCUACUCAUCCGAUCCAUAUAUAUAUAUCCGUCCAAGCAAAUUCAAAUCAUGGAUGAUAGCUAGCUGCGCGCGGCGUAACUUCAUUAUAUAUAUAGCUAGCAGCAGCAGCAGCUAGAUUGCUGCUGGCCUCCAUCGAUCUAUCAUACACAUACAUAUAUAUAUAUAUACUAGCUCCCAAUUCCGUAUGUAUGCAUACAUAAUUUAAUUAAGAUCCUAUCUAUCUAUAUAUCGGCCUGGGCGCUAGGUGUAAGUGGCCGGGUGUGGAUGAUGUAUGAGAAAUUGAUCAAGAUUAAUUAUAUAUACAUACAUACUCCCAUCCAAAUUAUAUAUAAAUUACAUCGAUCAUAGAUAUAUACAGCAAGCAAGCAAUUGAGUAGAUGAUGAAGAAGAACAGCAGCAGCGGCGGCCAUCAUGCUACGAUGAUGAUGAGCAGCAGCAGCGGCAGUUCAGAUCUGCAGAUAGCAGAUGCAGCAGCCAAUAAGCCCUAUCAACACUGUCCUGGCUGUGGUCACACCCUCCAACCCAACCCGGAUUGGGUGGGUCUGCCGGCCGGAGUGAAGUUUGACCCAACAGACCAAGAAUUGAUACAACACCUCGAAGCAAAAGUGGCGGUGCAGGUUGAUAAAGAAUCCAAAUCCGGCGGCGGCCACCCUUUGAUCGAUGAGUUCAUCCCUACCAUUGAAGGGGAAGAUGGCAUCUGUUAUACCCAUCCAGAAAAACUUCCUGGUGUGAGACGAGAUGGGUUGAGUCGGCAUUUUUUCCACAGGCCGUCGAAAGCGUACACAACGGGGACGAGAAAGAGGCGGAAGAUUCAGACGGAGUGCGAGGUGGCGGGGGAGACCCGGUGGCACAAGACCGGGAAGACCCGCCCGGUGAUGGCCCACGGCAAGCAGAGAGGGUGCAAGAAGAUACUCGUGCUCUACACCAACUUCGGGAAGAACCGCAAACCCGAAAAGACCAACUGGGUCAUGCACCAGUACCAUUUGGGUCAGCACGAAGAGGAGAAGGAAGGCGAGCUCGUCGUCUCCAAAAUCUUCUACCAGACGCAGCCCAGGCAAUGCACCACCGCCCCCGAUCGCCGUGACAGCGCCGCCAGCUCUUCUUCAUCUUAUAAGGACGUCGCCGUCGCCAACGCCCAAUCCCACUCUCAUCCAGACAAUCAACUCAUCUCGGUUGCACUUGCUUUGGAAACUCAACCCACCGACCACCAUUAUACCGCCUCCUUCCACCCUUUCACAAAACACGACCACGACUUUCAUCACGCGGGCGGGGGGCUUCCAGUGGCAGCCGAAGCUGUAGGUAGUAGAAUGAUGGUAAUGGAAAUUCCGGGGACAAGGCCGCCGCAUCAGCAGCUUCAGUGCGAAGGCGGCGGCGGGCAUGAUCAAAAUACAAGCGCUGCCUCUGCGGCGGCGUUGCACAACAUAAGCAGCAGCAGCAGCAGGCCACACCCCAUCAUCUCUCCGCCGCCCCUCCUCUACCACCAUGACCCGCCCUACCACGUCCCAACUCCAAGGAUCAUACUCUCCAAUCACAACAACUUCCAGCAGCAGCAGCAUGAUCAUCAUAAUAAGCUUGGAAGUAGAAGGUCUGCUUCUGAAUUGGAAGAACUCAUUAUGGGGUGCACUUCUUCUACUACUCAUCAUAUCAAAGAGGGUUCAUCAUCAAUAAUGGCUAACCAACAAGAGGCAGCAUGGCUGAAGUACACUACACCUUUCUGGCACGACCCUGACAACCCGGAUCAUCAUGGGUAGUAGGACCAACUCCAAACACAGAGGGGAAAAAGGCCAGGUGACCAUCAGGCCAGGAAAGAAAAAACAUAGCUAGCUAGCUAAACCUUCAGUUCAUUGUCAUGCAUAUACUAUCCUCCGUCUCUUUUUAAUCGCAACAUGUUGAAUUUUACACUAUUCACAUAUUCUACUUUGACUACAUUUUAUAUUAUUAUUUUAUGAAAAUUAUUAUUUUUAAAUUAUAUUGUUCAAUUCAUCUCAUUACAAAUUUUCAAAAUCUAGUUUUUAAAUAUUUUUUACUAAUAGGGAUUAAGAUAUAAUUACGGUCAAAGAUGUGCGUUGGCAAGUGUGAAAUGUUGACCGUUGCAACUAAAAAAGAACGGAGGAAGUAUAUAGCUAGAAAUCGAUCGAUCUUGUUCUUUUAAUUAAUAUCGAUCCCUAGCUAGCUAUACUUACAUACAUACAUACAUACAUACGGAGUAAUAUCGAUCUAGGACUAGCCCCCCUUUCCCUUACAACAAUGCUUGAUGUACUCACUCUUAUACCCACCUUCUACCCACCAUAUUUGUGAAAUGUUUUUGUUUGUCUGUGAACUCGGUUCACAGACGAAAUAUUUUGCUUAUACAAAAUAUUGUCUGAAACUGACAUUCACAGAUAAUUUUUUUUUUCCACAAAUACAGGUGGGUACGACAAAAAUGGGUACGAACAUCAUUUUUGUUCCCAUUAGUCCUUUUAAUUUCCUCAACUGAACUAACUGUUCAACGACACAUGUUUCUAGAAAAAAUCAAGAUAAAAAAGGUCUAUCUAACGAAUAAAGAACAGUACGUAUGUAAGAAAAAAAAGCCAUAUACAGAUCAGCUAGCUAGAAAAGCAGCUGCUAGCUAUAUGUAUAUACUCGUAUAUGUAUAUAUAUUCUCACAGAAAACAUGGUGUGGGCGGUAGGAACCGAAGGAAGACCCAAAAGCUAAUUAAGGGAUGAAGAGGCCGGGAAGAGAAUCCAAUACUGCAUGGCAUCAGCUUUGCAUGAAAAUCAUAACCACUAGCUAUGAUUGAUGAUUACUCUGUCAUCUAGCUUUAUGGCCGGCCAGAUCAGAAACGACUUUACCCUAGCUAGCUAGUUUAUUUCUUUACUUACUAUUUCAUCUAUAUUUGUAUUAUUUUACUUUAUUUUCAAUUUUACUUUAACACAACAGGAUUUCUUCAAAGUGCAUAGGAAACUUCGUUUUGUUGGACCGUACCGCACAUGGACAGUCAUCACUUCCAUGCAUCGAUCUUCUUUUUUUAUUCUUCUUUUGUGAAGAGUUAGUUAGAAUAGUACUACUUGUAUGUGAUAAAGUCUAUACAUAUACAUACGGAGUAUAUUUAGGUACGUAUGGAAUAUAUCUCCCCUUUAUAGAAAUGAAAUGUACGUAUUGGUGAUUUACAACACCUUACAUUGUGAUCUCAGAUGCCUUAGCUACCUCCAUACAUUACUUUUGAGCGUUUGUACUCGUACAAAUUAAACAUUUCAGUGAUAGAAGCGAAAAGUUCCGCUAAUGGUUAAGGAAUUUGU